GCCUGGAAAAGGGGAAGUGCGAGCGAGCGAGCGACUCAGUCCCCGGGCAGCGGCGGCGGCGGCUGCGGCGGCCAGGGGUCGCGACGGCCGGGGCGGGGCCCUGCUGCUGCUGCGGGGGGCAGGCGGUGGCUGUCCGCACCAGCCAUGCCGAAUAAAAACAAGAAGGAGAAAGAAUCACCAAAAGCAGGGAAAAGUGGAAAAAGUUCAAAAGAAGGACAAGACAUAAUAGACUCAGAGAUUUCCAGCAGGAAAAACAGCCUUGUGGCCACCCCAUCGACAGUGUCUAGUAAAAUUAAGGUACCAGUGCCUCAGCCCAUAGUGAAGAAAGACAAGCGGCAAAAUUCCUCCCGGUUUAACGCCAGCAAUAACCGAGAACUUCAGAAACUACCGUCUUUAAAAGAUGUUCCUCCUGCUGAUCAAGAGAAGCUUUUUAUCCAGAAGUUACGUCAGUGUUGUGUCCUCUUUGACUUUGUUUCCGAUCCACUAAGUGACCUAAAGUGGAAGGAAGUAAAACGAGCUGCUUUAAGUGAAAUGGUAGAAUAUAUCACCCAUAAUCGGAAUGUGAUCACAGAGCCCAUUUACCCAGAAGUAGUGCAUAUGUUUGCAGUUAACAUGUUUCGAACAUUACCACCUUCCUCCAAUCCUACGGGAGCAGAAUUUGACCCCGAGGAAGACGAGCCCACAUUAGAAGCAGCCUGGCCUCAUCUACAGCUUGUUUAUGAAUUUUUCUUAAGAUUUUUAGAGUCUCCAGAUUUCCAACCUAAUAUAGCGAAGAAAUAUAUCGACCAGAAGUUUGUAUUGCAGCUUUUAGAGCUCUUCGACAGCGAAGAUCCUCGAGAGAGAGAUUUUCUUAAAACUACCCUUCACAGAAUCUAUGGAAAAUUCUUAGGCUUAAGAGCUUACAUCAGAAAACAGAUAAAUAAUAUAUUUUAUAGGUUUAUUUAUGAAACAGAGCAUCACAAUGGCAUAGCAGAGUUACUGGAAAUCCUGGGGAGUAUAAUUAAUGGAUUUGCCUUACCACUAAAAGAAGAGCACAAGAUUUUCUUACUGAAGGUGUUGCUACCUUUGCACAAAGUGAAAUCUCUGAGUGUCUACCAUCCACAGCUGGCGUACUGUGUUGUGCAGUUUUUAGAAAAGGACAGCACCCUCACUGAACCAGUGGUGAUGGCGCUUCUCAAAUACUGGCCAAAGACUCACAGUCCAAAAGAAGUCAUGUUCUUGAAUGAAUUAGAGGAGAUCUUAGACGUGAUCGAGCCGUCGGAGUUUGUGAAGAUCAUGGAGCCGCUCUUCCGGCAGCUGGCCAAAUGCGUGUCCAGCCCCCACUUCCAGGUGGCAGAGCGAGCAUUGUAUUACUGGAACAACGAGUACAUCAUGAGCCUGAUCAGCGACAACGCAGCAAAGAUCCUGCCCAUCAUGUUUCCUUCCUUGUACCGCAACUCCAAGACCCACUGGAACAAGACAAUACACGGCUUGAUCUACAACGCGCUGAAACUCUUCAUGGAGAUGAACCAGAAACUGUUCGACGACUGUACCCAGCAGUUCAAAGCAGAGAAACUGAAAGAGAAGCUAAAAAUGAAGGAACGAGAAGAAGCGUGGGUUAAAAUAGAAAAUCUAGCCAAAGCAAACCCCCAGUACGCAGUGUAUAGCCAAGUGAGCGCCGUGACCAUUCCGGUUGCAAUGGAGACAGACGGGCCUUUAUUGGAAGAUGUGCAGAUGCUGAGAAAGGCCGCCAACGAAGAGGCUCGCCAGGCCCAGAAGGAUCUGAAGAAGGACCGGCCUGCCGUGCGCCGCAAGUCGGAGCUGCCUCAGGACCGCCACACCAGGAACGCCUUGGAGGCUCACUGCAGAGCUGACGAGCUGGUCUCCCAGGACGGGCGCUAGCCCCCCGGAGGACCGCUGCGGCCUGGGGGUGCCUGUUCUCUCCCGGAUUCUGUAGAAAGUACAUCCUUUUUGUGCCAUACAAAUCAGUUACACUCAGAGUCAGAGCUUUCUUCGACCCCGUUCUGUAGGCAAUAAUGCACUUCUGCCUCAGCUCGCGAUUAGGAGUUCAAACAAUGGUGGCUUCUCGGAGGGGUCAGCAGAGCCGAGGGCUGCCGGCCGCGUCCCCCGCGAGUGGGCCCAGCCCCGGCGCAGCCCCCGUAAGACUGUUUCCCAAAAUCAGAGCUAAGGAGAGCACCCUGGUCAUCCUCUUCACGUUCUACCCAACCGGAAUUCGUGAUCAUUUAUACAAGUGGUUCUAUGGUAAUAUCACUGUUCUGCAAAUCAAAGGAACACUUU